AUGAGUCAGGAGACAAGAAGUACGUGUUCUAUACCACAAGAAAUUUUAGAUAACCAAGAUAUUAGUUUCAUAGAAGAAUUAAACAUUGUAGAUGAAUUGUAUUUUAAUGAAAAUAAUGAUGUGAUCGAAAACGAAAGCAGUUCUGACGAAAACUUUGAAUCUGAUUCCGACAAUGAUGAAGACGUGGACCUUGUAAAUAUUGAACCAUCAGAUGAGGACACACGGGAGUAUGUUGCCCAGGCCCGUUUUAGAAGUGAUACAUGUGGAUGUAGGGAGUUCUAUGGUGAACCAUGCAGUACAGUUAUUGACGUGGAAUCGGCAAUCGAAUUCCGAGAACACUGUAAAGAAGUCAGCAAGGAUGAACUUGAUCUGAUUAUAAAAGCGGAACUGUUUUCCCAUCGCCGUUCAGAUGUUCAUACACAAGCAAAGAAACACAAAACAAAAGAAAGAGAACGGCCCUAUCAAGAAUUCUACUUCAAAGGAAAACGGGAACUGUGUCCAAAUAUAGUUAUUACAAAACCUUGUACUGAUUUGUGUCAGAAAUGUCAGGAAUUUGCAAAUAGAAUUUCGAAAAGUGGUAAUCUUGCUGAGGAAGAGAAAGAGCAAUUACUUUCAGAGUACAAUAAACAUGUUCAGCUUGCCAAAGAACAAAGGGACUAUUAUCGUGAGCAGGUCAAACUAGCUGAACAGAAUUUUCUGGAAUUGCCAAUUGCUCUUCAAGAUUCAGGUAACCCACCACAGUCAGUUCAAACCACCUUGCACUACUCCUGGGAUUAUGCUCAGCAGGUCCAUAUUCCACACCAUGCCCAACAAGUUGGCCCAAUCUACUUCAAAAGCCCUCGUAAAUGCCAUGUUUUUGGUAUCUGCUCUGAAGGAUCAGGAAAACAGACCUUUUAUCUUAUUGAUGAAGCUGCUAAUCCUGGGAAAGGAGCUAACAGUGUUACAAGCAUGGUACAUCAUUACUUUGAUAAGUUUGGGCAUGGUGAAACAGAUCUCAAAGUUCACUUUGAUAACUGUACAGGACAAAAUAAAAACAAUGUUGUGUUAUGGUAUGGUCUUUGGAGAGUGUUGACAGGGCUACACAGAACCAUAGAAUAUUCGAUUUUGGUAGCUGGCCAUACAAAAUUUGAGCCAGACUGGCAUUUUGGCAUUUGGAAGGUGCACUGGAGAAACACCAAUGCUGAAACAAUAUCACAGGUAGCAGAAUCCGUUAGGACUUCCAGUAGAAGUGGUCACAAUAUACCACAGGUUGUAGGCAAUGGUGAAGAUCCUGUCCUGUUCUAUGAAUGGAAGAAUUAUUUACAACAGUACUUUAAACCUCUGAAGUACCUAACCCGCUACCACCAUUUCUACAUGGAUUCAGAGAAUCCAGGAAUUAUUAGAUGUCGGGAAAAUGCUUCCUCAGAGCCUGUCACUUUCAUGUUACUGAAAAGCAAAAGUAAAGUUCCCAUUCCAGGUGUUCUUCCUUCUCCAUCAGCCAUUAAAGGCCUUGAACCUGCUCGACAAUGGUACUUAUUUGACCACAUCAGAGAACACUGCUAUUCAGACACAGCAAAAGAAUGUAUAUGUCCAAAACCUACUGUUCCCAAACAAGAAAUAGACUUGACAGAAUGCAUUGAAGAAUAUAAACCAAAAGGUGGCAGAAAAAGGCUUUACUAA